CACAGACGCUAAUGGCCGCUGGAGGAGUUCAGCUGUUUUCACCGAGUCUGUGUCCGGAGGAGAGAGAGACAGAAAGAGAGAGAGAGAGAGAAAGAGAGACAGAAAGAGAGAGAGAGAUCCAGAGAACAGCUGGUCGACACUGAGGCAGAACUCGUCAUGGUGAUGGAGACGGUUCGAGUCCUUCAGCUGCUGCUGCUCACCUGCUGCACCUCCGCUCCACCUGCGGCUGCUGAAAGUGGAAACUACCUGGUGACGGCCCCUCAUCCUUCAGUACUGGAGAUAGGGACCAACUUCACGGCUACGUGCAUGAUCAUCAACACAGCUGAGGUCACAGCUGACGACCUCUACUGGAAUCUGUCUCAGGCGACGGUUCCCAAAGAGCAGUACACAAAGAUCAACACAACAGCUCUGAACGUCACCAUCCGUGUCAGCGGGGAAAAGGACGAGUGGUUGUUCUGCUUCUGCAAGAAGGUGUCGCCCAACGUGUUCCUGAAUCCAGGAAAAUUCAUGCACGGGGUCUCCCUUCAGAAAGGCUAUCGUCCGAGGAAGCCGGAGAAUCUGUCCUGCAUCGCUCUGCAGGAGGAAACCUUCAUCUCUCCAAAGAUCACGUGCAGCUGGGUCGCAGCAGGACGUCAAACCAAAGUCGUCGUCACCAACUUCACACUGAUUCUGAAAGUCAUCAAUGAUGUUGUCACUGUGAACGUGACGACUGAAGGAACCAGUGCCUCCGUGGUUCUGCCCAUUUUCCCAAACUUCAUGGAGCUGGAGAUCUGGGUGGAGGCGAAGAAUAAACUGGGAAGCAUCCGGUCUGAGCGUCUGAGGAGAGAAUCCGGAUACUUUGUGAAAACAAAUCCUCCCGCAAACAUCCAGAUCAUCUCUGAGAAGAGCUUUCCCACCUCUCUACUCAUAAACUGGAAACCUCCUAUCAUGAAUCAAUAUGUGGGAUUAACGUAUGAAAUCAGAUUCUGCCAAAAUGGAUCUCAUGAUUGGGCGUAUGUGCCUCAUGUGGACACUGCCAGGGACAUUCAGUCCUUCAGGCUCCAGAACAUUCGUCCAGACACUGUUUACGUCACUCAGGUUCGCUGCAAGAACUACAGAGAAGGCUUCGGUUACUGGAGCGACUGGAGCCGCAACGCCACCGAGAGGACGCCAGAGGACCUACCAAAAGGUAAACCAGAUUUAUGGAAAAUCGAUUCUGAAAGUGAUGUCGGUGGGCGAGGAGUUCAGUUCAUCUGUAAGGAUCCCGUGCUGUCCAACGGGAGGAUCUUAAGAUUCGACAUGAAGGUUCAAGGACAAAAGGACAAAGUGAAGAAUGGAAGUUGGGAGAGUUUCCCCGUCAACCGCUCGGACCUCAGCAGCAGCACUUUCCUCAAAGACGUUCUACUGGACGACAAGAGGUCGCUCAAAGUGUUCGUCACUGCCGUCAACUCGGUGGGGCGCUCUGCUCAGGCGUCAUUAUUCAUCCCAGAGAAAGCACACGAGCUAGCCCCAGUCAGGGAGCUGAGGGGGGGGGUCCACGGAGGCCAGAUGUGGCUGCAGUGGAAACCCCCGAACACCAAAGCUGUGACGGAGUACGUGGUGCAGUGGGUCGGUGGAGACGGGAUGGACUGGCAGAGAGAAAACAGAAGCACCACACACACUGUGAUCAAAGGCGACCUGGAGAAGUUUGUUUGCUACACUGUGUCUGUGUAUCCCAUAUAUUCUGGAUGGGCGGGGCAGGCAGCGAGCGUUGAAGCCUUUCUGGAGCAAAGUGCUCCAGACGAAGGCCCGACGGUCCGACUGUCCAACAGGAAACCAGGACGCAACGAGGCCGAGCUGGUGUGGACGGAGAUUCCCCAAAGCAAGCGGAGAGGCUUCAUCACAAACUACACAAUAUUCUACGAAAGUCGGGGUGGAUUACACUCGGUGACGGUUCCUUCCAACACGACCUCGUUCACUCUGAAGUCGCUGACUGGAAACACCAACUACGACACGUGGAUCAGCGCCUCCACCAUCGCAGGCUCCACCCAAGGCCCCCACCACUCCUUCAACACUCUGAAAUAUGCGCCGGGAGAGAUCGAGCUCAUCGUCGUUGGAGCCAGUCUCGGCUUUCUGAUUGUUGUCGUCAUGACGAUGGUGAUCUGUAUUUCCAAAAAGGAAACCAUCAAGAAGAACUUCUGGCCUCAGAUUCCAAACCCUGGAGAGAGCACGAUUGGAUACUGGUCUCCUGAUUAUCCGUUAAAAGCGGAGACGCCGAAGGAGAACUGUCUGUCCGGCAUCAGUGUCCUGGACGUGGACAUGAGCGACGGAAAGAUGUUUGAUGAAGACAAAAGCAGUCUUCCUCUGAAGAAGGACAAGUAUCUGUCGGAGGAGCACAGCAGCGGCAUCGGAGGCUCCUCCUGCAUGUCCUCGCCACGCCAGAGCGUGUCGGACAGCGACGAGGGCGGAGACUUGGCGGACACCACGGCGAGCACCGUGCAGUACUCCUCCGUGGUGGCCUCCAACGGUUACAAGGGUCAGACCCCGAGCUCGCAGCCGCAGGCGGCCAUCUUCUCCCGCUCCGAGUCCACGCAGCCCCUGCUGGACUGCGAGGAGAACCCGGACACGCUGGUGCAGGAGGGCGGCGGCAGACACCAGCGCUUCCUGCGCCGACCUGCGGAGAGCGACCCCGCCCACUUCAACCAGCUGCUGGAGAUGGAGCAGCAGGAGGUGCUGGAGCCUCUGGACUUCUGCCCCCUGGAGGAGGACUCUGAGCUGACGCGUGCAGAUGAGCAGUCGGCCGAUUGGCUGCCGACGGCGCCCGCCUCCAGCUACGUGCCUCAGCUGGGCGGCUACAGGCAGCAGUGAGGACACGUGUCCGCACGCCGGUGCCUUGGGAGCGAAGAAGAGACUGAAGCCGUUUGUCUUUUGCACAUAUGUACACUGUAAAAUACAUGUGAAUAAGAGCUGCAGUUAGCUUAGCACUCGCAUGGAGCAGUUACUAGCCACAUCUCUGUAGGCCACACCUGUACGUGGACGCUUUGUGCUUCGUGGUUAAUGUCACGCUACAUUUCAAAACGUCACAACCACAGAUUUGGGAGUGACGGGCAGAGCAGCACGUGACCUGCUGCACUGCCCCCUGUGGAGGGGAGUGACCUCUGCAGCCGUGUUACCUGCUCACUGUAUAUACACUGCUCAUGAAUGUAAUCAACACUGACAGGAUGCCAGUGCAUGUUAAAAAAAUAACUUUCAAAAUAAAAUAUAAAGAACUGA